GAAGGAGUGCACGAGGCUGACCGGCCACACGUCCGCGGAGACGGAGCGAGGAGCGAGCAGCGAGGAGCACCCCGAACCCCUUCCACUGGGAACCACACGUUUGACGACAGCGACGUGACCCUUUGUUUCACUCGCACGGGAAGUGACUUGAACGGUCCACGCAACCUGCGGCGACGCGCUCGACCUGACGACGGAAAUGAAAACCCCCUGAAUAACAUUUCCCUCACACGCGGGAGAUGAGACUUGCUGAAUUGAACUUUGUACGCGUUUCUCCCGUGGAGGUGGAGGAGUCCUCCUUCCGUCUCAAACAACCGACUCGGGGACCGCCGGUGUGAGAGAACAGCAAAGAAUGUGUGGUCACGUGAAGAGGCAGGUCGGGAGGUCAACGACGAUGUCAGGGCUCGCGCGUUCUGGAAAAUGAUCAGUGGAUGCACCCACGGCAGAAUAAUGGUCAGGAGAUGUCUGGUGACGUUCAAGCCGUUCAGGAUAUUCGUGGUGGGAAUAGGCUUCUUCAGCCUGUGCUUUCUAAUGACCUCUCUGGGGGGGCAGUUCUCAGCCAAGAGACUGGGGGACUCCCCCUUCACCAUCCGCACAGAAGUGCUGGGGGGCAUGGAGUCACGUGGUGUACUGAGGAAGAUCAGUGACAUGCUGGAGGUGAUCCUGAAGAGGAUGGAUAGCCUGUCCAAACUCGACAACACCUCCACCACUGAUGCACGGCGUCUGGACGAGCUCAGCUCUGCUAUCAACAGGUUUCAACCAGCCGGCCUGGUGGAGAGGAUCCAAGCUAUAGCCCAGAACGUCUCGAACAUGGCCAUCAGAGUGGAGCAAAUACUGCAAAACAGUGUGGUGCAAGGAAGAGCAGUCAGAGAUGGGACGUCAAGCCAGUGUGAAGUACCAAGAGACCCACACUAUCCAGAGUGUCCUGGGAAAGUAGAUUGGAUGCGUGCACGUUGGACGUCAGACCCUUGCUAUGCCUUUUAUGGGGUCGACGGUUCAGACUGCUCCUUCCUCAUCUACCUGAGCGAGGUGGAGUGGUUCUGCCCACCACUGGCCUGGAGGAACCACAGCAGCCCACCCACACAACAUACACAGCCGGCGAAGGCCCCCAAGAGACAGGCUGCUUUCCGCACAGACCUCACUGUACUGCUGGAUCAGGUUGGGACAGGAAAGGAGUCCCUCAGCUUCAUGAAGCGCCGAAUCCGCCGCCUUGCACAGCAGUGGGCAACGGCCGCCAACCGUCUGGACGCCAAGCUGGAGCAACGAUGGAGGGACCAGAAGAAGAUCCUGGUCCAUGUGGGCUUCCUCACAGAAGAGUCUGGAGAUGUCUUCAGCCCCAAGGUGCUGAAGGGGGGUCCAUUGGGAGAGAUGGUCCAGUGGGCUGACAUCCUCACCGCUCUCCAUGUUCUGGGACAUAACAUGAAGAUCUCCAUGUCUGUCAAGGAGCUGCAGGGGUUUCUCGGCGUGCCUCCAGGCAGAGGCAGUUGCCCACUCACUGGCCCGCUGCCCUUUGACCUCAUCUACACUGACUACCACGGCCUGCAGCAGAUGAAGCAACACAUGGGGCUCUCACUCAAGAAACACAAGUGCCACAUCCGGGUGAUUGACACCUUUGGGACGGAGCCAGCUUACAAUCAUGAGGAGUAUGCAACCCUGCACGGCUACCGGACCAACUGGGGCUACUGGAACCUCAACGCCAGGCAGUACAUGACCAUGUUCCCUCACACACCAGACAACUCAUUCAUGGGCUUCGUUUCGGAGGAGCUUAAUGAGACGGAGAAGAGGAGCAUCCAGCAGAACAAAGUCAACAACAUGGCUGUUGUGUACGGAAAAGAGGCCAGCAUGUGGAAGCUUCAGCAGGGUAAGGAGGGUUUCCUGCAGAUUCUCCACAGGUACAUGGAGGUCCACGGCACAGUGUACUACGAGACCCAGAGACCUCCGGAGGUCCCGGCCUUUGUGAAGAACCACGGCCUGCUGCCGCAGCAUGAACUGCAGCAACUGCUACGCAAGGCCAAGCUCUUUAUUGGCUUUGGUUUCCCCUACGAAGGUCCCGCCCCUCUUGAAGCAAUAGCCAAUGGCUGCAUUUUUCUCCAGCCCAAGUUCCACCCGCCUCACAGCUCGCUCAAUCACGAGUUUUUCCGAGGCAAACCCACCUCGAGAGAGGUGUCCUCCCAGCACCCAUAUGCAGAGCAGUACAUUGGCAAACCUCAUGUCAUGACAGUGGACUACAACAACUCCCUCGAGUUUGACACUGCCAUCAGGGAAAUCAUGAGGACCAAGGUCAAGCCAUAUCUGCCUUAUGAGUACACCUGCGAGGGGAUGCUGGAAAGAGUACACGCAUACAUACAGCACCAGGACUUCUGUGCCCCUGAGACUCCCUUCAUGCCAACCAACCUCUCCAAACAGGGGUCCGCUGGUGGCAGCAGGACGCCGGGACCUCUGUUUGUGCCCCUGCCCAAUUCCACAGCCCUCGGCUGGUCGUCCAGUGUGACGGCUCCCACCGCCUGGCCUCCUCUCAGUUCCCUCAGGCUGCUCGUAUCUCAAGAGGACCAGUCCUGCGUGGAGGCGUGCCAGUCAGCCGGGUUCGUCUGUGAGCCUGCUCACUUCCGCAUCAUCAACAACAAGGAGGCCCUGCGUGGGUUGGAGGUGCAGUGCGAUGUGAUGGACUCCGAGAUCAACCACGUCCUUCCAGCCUUCUCGGUGGUACGGCAGGAGUGUGGCCUCCAGCGGGAACCCCUCCUCUUCAGCUGUGCAGGUCACUCCCCCAAAUACAGACGCCUUUGUCCCUGCAGAGACUUCCGCCGCGGUCAGGUGGCGCUGUGCAGAGACUGUCUAUAAUGACAGGGGCACGUGAAGGGCAGACAAAAGAAUUAGACACAGAUUGGCGGGGUAACGGGACGCUGCAGGGCAGCCACAGCCAGAGCAGUUGUGACAGCUUACCUGAUGGUGCAUUGAGGCAGCUCCACCCCAAAAUGUAGGAUGAUGAGGAGCGGGCAUGCAAUGUUUUUAAGGAGCGAAAAGCAGGGUUUGGAUAUGUGCCAGUUGGAUUAUGGUCGACUGUAGUUGUUAAGCUGCCGUGACACUUUAACAGGCUGGAGACGUUUAGAAGUGAGGGGUAGUACUGAUACAGAACAGGAAGUGAUACCAGGUGUCCUUACAACAAAGAUGUAUACUCCACUGAAUGAUAAACGCUGGGUUGCAAACUCACAGUGCCAACCAACUUUCACAGUAACCCUCCGACUAGUUUCUUCAAGAUGUGACACACAUCUUUUCAUUUCUGGAAUUGCAUCUUGCGAAAAAUGAGCCGUUUGAGUUGGAAAAUGUACAUCUUAAAUGACUCCAGAGAAACUCGGUAUUAGGACGCCCGUGUCAAUCCAUGACAGGGUCUUCAAAUAUGGUGGCUUGGAGAAGGCAACCUCGGGUCAAUAUCCAAUCUCCUCUCUGCACUUGGACAAAGGAUGAUGGACAGCUGGGUUAUCUCCGUGACUCUUUCCUCCCUCCUCCGAUGACGGAUAGAGACAUUUAUCAGACUGAACUGCAAGUCUGAGGCAACAUUGGUCAAUGCAAUCAUCUCUGGCCACAAAAAAGAAAGACAGAGGACAAAGAUAAAGGGUACAAGAUUAUUUUUCAAUAAAUAAGCCUUCAGAGAUCUCUGCUGGAUUUUUAAAGAGUCCCUGUGCGCUUUACGUUGGAAAGAAAAUGAUGAAAUAAAAACAUCAGAACACA